CUUUCAAAACACACCCCCCACAUUUUAUUUGAAUCGGUCGUCUCUUUCCUUCCAAAGCCCCCUUUUCUCCAAAACCCUAACAGAAAAUUUCGAUUCCCCAGUAGCCACCCAUGGCAGAAGAAGUCCCAGCGGCAGCAGCAUCAUCUUACAUCCCAUACCUCCACUCCCAAACCCUAACUCCCCACGCUCACGCCGUAUCCUCCGUCAAAUUCUCCCCCGACGGCCGCCUCCUCGCCUCAGCCUCCGGCGACCAGACGAUCCGCACUUACUCCAUCAACCACAGCGACGGAGCAGACCCAAUCGCCGAGCCGGCGCAAGUCUUCUCCGGCCACGACUCCGGCAUCUCCGACGUCGCCUUCUCCUCGGACGCGAGGUUCAUCGUCUCGGCCUCCGACGACAAGACGCUCAAGCUCUGGGACGCCGAGACGGGAUCCCCGAUCAAGACCCUCCGCGGGCACACGAACUACGUCUUCUGCGCCACAUUCAACCCCCAGUCGAACAUGGUGGCGUCGGGAUCCUUCGACGAGACAGUUCGGAUCUGGGACGUGACGACGGGGAAGUGCUUGAAGGUUCUUCCCGCGCAUUCGGAUCCGGUGACCGCCGUGGAUUUCAACCGGGACGGGUCGCUUAUUGUUUCGAGCAGCUACGAUGGGCUGUGCAGGGUGUGGGACUCCGGGACGGGGCAUUGUGUGAAGACGCUGAUGGAUGAUGAGAAGAAUCCUCCUGUUUCAUUUGUUAGGUUCUCUCCUAACGGCAAGUUCAUCCUCGUUGGCACUCUCGAUAACACCCUCAGGUUGUGGAACAUAUCUUCUGCUAAAUACAUCAAAACAUACUCCGGCCACGCCAACUCUCAGUACUCCGUCUCCUCUGCCUUCUCCGUCACGAAUGGAAAGCGGAUAGUCAGUGGAUCCGAGGACAAGUGUGUAUACAUGUGGGAGCUCAACUCCAGGAAAUUGCUUCAGAAACUCGAGGGUCAUACUGAGCCUGUCAUGAGCGUGGCUUGCCACCCCACUGAGAACAUGAUCGCAUCAGGCUCGCUGGACAAGUCUAUAAGGAUUUGGGCACAGAAGAAAUAGCGAAAGAGGAAUCUCUCUCCAUGUAAAACAUACCUUCCCCUUCAUGUUGUUAUCAUGUAGUGCUCACUUUCUUAGUUGAGCCUUGUUAGAUUUGAUUCUAUUCCAGUCAUAUAUUCGAGGCAUUAAGACAAGAGUGGUCAGAUGUCUUAAAACAAAGCUAUAAAGAGAAGUCUUUGGUUAAUUACUAAAUUUAUGUGAUUUACAUUUGUAGAACU